AUACUAGUAGAGUUAUUAUUAAAAUUAAAAUUUCAAAUAUUAAUAAGAAAGGUUGGCACCUACGUUUUGAGUUCGGUGGCUCGUGAGGGAGUGAAUAGUUAUGCCGUGACCACUGGCGACGCCUAUGGCACCUGCAAUUUGCAGACCGCCUCUCAUGUAGAUCCGUAGCAUCUAAGAAACCAAAUAACCCCGACAUGCAAGUCACUUAGCCAGGUUUCCCCGAUAAGCCACCCUCCCUCUGUCUCUCUCUGUCGCUCUCUCGCUCUCUCUCUAGAUUUAGUAGCCGCCCACUAGAGUCGUGACCCCAAUCAGCGGCCAAAUCGAUCUCAUACGUCCUGGCCCAAAACCGAUCGAACCCAUCCCCUGCUUGCUGGGAAAUUAUUCCGUAGAACGCGCCCAGGAGCUGGAAAUUCCUACCACUAGCCUCCACGUAUUCGGUGAAGACACCUGUCGCGGAGAUAUUGAUGGGCCGCACGGGCCUGGAAGAGGUGAGUUGCAGUGGAUAAGCUCUAGGCCUUGCGUAUUAACUGGGAAGGGACGUAAGAGUGCGCAAAAAAUGGUGUAUGAUGCUAAAUUGAUACUGAUCAGUAACUAACUAAGAACUGUCUUAAAGCAGUAGCACUCGCGCACUGAUCAGCUCAGUAUCUCUUAGAGGGAGAGAAAGAGAGAGCGAGAGGAGAUGGAGUUGAAUGAGAUAACAAUGGAGAUCUUCUCAAACCUAGAGCGUCAAUGGCUGUCGCAUUCCGACGAGAAGAAGAUUAGGAUUCUGAGCAUCGACGGCGGUGGAACAACUGUGGUAGUCACAGGAGCAGCUUUAAUCCAUCUCGAAGAUCAAAUUCAAGCCAGAACCGGUAAUAAUCGCCAUCGUAUUGCCGAUUUCUUCGACUUGAUCGCCGGCUCCGGAAUCGGCGCUAUUCUCGCAGCAAUGCUGGUGGCGGACGACGGCCGCGGCCGCCCGCUGUUCACGGCGAGAGAAGCCGUGGAGUUUGUGACGGUAAAAAACUCCAAGAUGUUCAAAAUCAAGCGCGACGGGAUUUUCUACCGGCGCCGGGGAUUCUCUGGCCAGAGCAUGGACAAGGUACUGAAAGAGGCGUUUUGUCGGUACGACAGCAAGAUGUUGAGUUUGAAGGACACGUGCAGGCCUCUUCUCGUUCCGUGCUACGAUCUGAACACCUCUGCUCCGUUCGUCUUCUCGCGGGCCGACGCCGCGGUCUCUCCGAGCUUCGACUUCGAGCUCUGGAAGGUCUGCCGCGCCGCAUCAGCGACUCCGACUCUGUUCGAGCCGUUUGGGCUGACGUCCGUCGACGGAAAGACGUCUUGCUUGGCCCUUGACGGAGGACUCGUCAUUAACAACCCGACGGCGGCGGCCGUCACUCACGUGCUGCACAACAAGCGGGAUUUUCCGUCGGUUAACGGCGUCGAGGACUUGCUCGUGCUCUCCUUAGGCAACGGUUCGUUAAGCAGUAGUCCGAACAGUCCGCAUGGGAAACGCAACGACGGAACUCCAGCUUCAUUGAUCAUCGGCGUGGCUUUAGACGGUAACUCGGAGACCAUCGAUCAGAUGCUUGCAAACACAUUCUGUUCAAACCUUCCAGAUUAUGUACGAAUUCAGGCGAGGGGCGUUGCUCCGGAAGGAUUGGAGGAGGUGUUGAAGGAGAAAGGAGUGGAGUCGCUGCCGUUAUGGGGGAAGCGGCUAUUGACGGAGAACAACGGAAGUAGGAUAGAGAGUUUCGUGCAGCGACUGGUGGACGGGAAAAGCAGUUUACCUCCGAGCCCUUUCAAAGAGACGGAUGUUGCUCCAUUGGACACCGGCCGUUAAUUAGUAUGAUGCCUUUUCUCUUUCAUGACUGAUCUCUUCUUUUUCUUUCUUUUUUCCCUUUUUUCUUUGAAUUUUGCUGCAUGUAACUGCUGGUGAAUUGUGGUUGUGUGGUCAUAUAUGCAUGGCUACACGCAUAUACAUUUUUUUAUUAUUAUCUGUAAAUUAUAAAUUAUAUUGAUGAAAAA